AACAUCAAGCGUGACCAGUAACACAACUCAAAUCGAAGCACAAGGGAAUUGAAACUUCGUCUGAUUUUGGGAAAUCAUUGAGAACAGACCCUGGUUUUAUACGGGGGCGAUAAAAAAUGGGAUCUGUAUACUCAUCGAAAAGAAGAAAGGUGCUUSCAUCAAUAGAAAAGAAAUUGAGGAAAAACAGCAUAGAAGAAGAGGAGGAGCCUGAAAAGGAAGAGAGUGAAGACGAACGGGUUUACUGGGCCAGUAGUAGUGAAGAAGAAAAGGAGAGCGAGAAGGAGCAAGAGGAAGACGAGGAAGAAGAAAAAGAGGAAGAAGAAGAGGAAGAAGAAGAAGAGGAAGAAGCCGACGAAGAACACGAGUCAGAAAAUAGCGASCAAGACGAAGAGGACGAACAWCAUAGUGAAGAUGACGAUGAUAAUGAAGUACAMGAAAAYGCYGCCAUUACUCUUCAAGAUUACAGCAGCAAGCUGCAAAAGGCUCUGGUGGGUGAUCUAGACAUCGAUUAUCCAGAAAAUGUCAAAGUUGURAGAAUAUUCACAAGUUCCACUUUCACAGACACGUCARUAGAACGAAACACUCUUAUGGUCAAAGUAUACCCUCGUAUCAAGAAGUUCUGCCAGGAGAGAGGUUACGAGUUCCAAGUUGUAGACAUGAGGUGGGGAGUACGAGACGAGUCCACCGAUGACCAUCUCACUUCAGAGUUAUGUAUGAGAGAGUUGCACGCAUGUCAAAGACUGUCUACUGGACCGAACUUUAUU